CCUCGCCAGCUGGCCCGGCUCGGCCCGACCGACCCACUGCGGCGGUAUCGGUUCCCUGGUUUGCGUGGAGCCUCCUCACACGCCACACACACACACACACACAUCCUUCCCGCCAGAUCACUCGCCCAGGCAAGAAUUCAGUUAGCACGUCGCGUUUCCUUUGAUUGUGCGUCGCGGAGUUCGAACUAACAGACGGAUUACCUCGAAGUGUAUCGUUUUCAGCCCCCAUGGGAUGAUGAUUUGCGUGUCGUUGGAUUGGUUUUUACGUGGUGGAUAGUUGUUUGUCGUAACCAGUGUUCUCCUCUAGGCUUCUGGAACAGAUUUGGUGUUCCCGGACAAGGAAGUAACUUCUCCUUCAAGGAGCAGCCACAGACCGCCCACAUGCCUUCCCUGGCGGAGGACAGCCUGAGUAGUCUGAGCGACUGCUCGCUCUACACGCCCCCGUCUUCCCCUGACGACAGCAGCACCCUCAGCAGCAGUAGCGCCACAAGCUUCUGUUGCCAUGGCUGCGACAGCAACAACUGCACGGACAGUGAUUCCGCUGGGAGCGGUUGUAGCGGAGGGCAGCAUCAUCAGCACCACCAUCAUCAACACCAUCAUCAUCAUCACCACAGUCUUCACGAGCCACAUCAUCACCUGGAGUCGUUGACGGAACCGGAGGUAGAGAAGGAGCUGCCGGAACUGAAUAAUGUCCAGUUGGAG